ACACCGCUUGUAUUAUCUUGAACCUGAAAACCCCUCCUUUGCAAAAGAAGGAUUUUUUAAAGACCAGAUCUUCAAAAGGUAAAAACAAAAGAAAAAUUAGGAGGAAUGAAUGUCUCUGAGAAAUCUUCCAUAGAAAGACAAGCCCUUCUUCUGGCAAAUUCGUUUCGUUACCGGAGUACAUUUCAGGUUAUUCUGGAAUCUUUGAUUUAUGGUUCCAUUGCUGUGGUGGCAUUUAUAGGAAAUCUACUUGUUCUCUACAUUGUGUACAAAACCCCGAGACUCAGGAACGUUUCAGGGCUGUUUGUGGCAUCUCUGGCCCUUUCGGACAUUGGCAUGGCAACAUUUGGGGCUCCACCGUCUUUGGCAUCACUUAUCAAAGGGCAUUGGUUUUCGACUUUCGAAGCAUGUCAAUUUCAAGGAUUCGUUGUCAUAACAACGGUAGCAGCCUCUUUACAGACUAUGGCUCUUAUGUCUGUCGAUCGAUAUUUCCGCGUCGUUCAUCCACUUAAUCACCGAAUAUUCUUCACCAUGUCUCGCGCACGGCUUAUGUCCGCGUCAGUCUGGAUCCUAGCCAUGAUGUACCCAGUCCCUUACCUUGUUUGUGGCAGGAAGUACAUUUUCCAUCCGGGAAAGUUUUUCUGCUUCCACGAAGUAAAAAUGUCUUUUGAAUCAUGUGUUAUUUACAUUUGUAUAUGCAUCUCCCUCGGUACUCUUUCUUUUUGUUAUUAUAACGUCUUUAAACAUCUUCGUUUGAAUAGGAACCGCGUUAAAAAUUUGCGAAAGGAAUUUUCCAGCAGACAUGAAAAUGAGCGAAGAGCCUCCUCAGAAGACAUCAAAAUGACAAAAACUUUAUUCGCAACUGUUCUUGGGUAUUUAAUUUGUUGGACACCGGUCCUUAUUAUCGAUUUUGUGGACAUGGCUUCCGAUGGCUGGUCCCUUUCUCGUGAGGUCUAUGUCAUGUAUACCGAUAUCGGACUUAUAAGUUCCUCCCUGAAUCCUAUUAUAUAUGGCGCCCUAAAUCGAACAUUUCGUCGAGAAUACAAUAAGAUUUUCUGCUUCAAAAGGUUAUCUAGACAAACGGAAAAUUCUCUCUGUCAGCAAACAAACAGUUUAGCUUUAGCCAAAUUAUAAUCUACUGUGUUGAAAGACUGAACAAUAUGACAGAACAUUAAAAUUGUACUUUUUUCACUUUAUAAAAAUGGUUCUCUUUUUCCGUCUGCACUGCAAUAGUCCGUAGACA